UUUUAAUUACCAAGAUCCCCCCUCUCGAAACGUCACAAGGGGUCGAUGGCGAAGCCAUCGCCACGGUGCAGCCGGUGCAAUCGAGAGGCGCGCGCGCGCUGCGCAGCGGCGGUUUGUGCAAGAAAUGCUACGAUGCCAUGCGGAAGGAGGCCUCGGAGACGGCCUUGAUGAGACCCGCCGACACCGCUGCGCUGCUGCCGUGCCCGGGGCUGCCGGAGGGCGCACACGAGCUGCGUUACCACGAGCGCUACGCCUAUUCGCACAACGGCGUGCGGCCGAUCGGAUGCCCCAUCCUGCUGCCACUGGGUACCACGACCAAACGGUGCCAGCCGUGCGAGCAGGCCGCGCACAACUACAAGCGCGUUCUCGCCAAGUGGAAGGACGGGCCGUUGAGAUCCCCACUGUACAUGAUGGGCGCUAUGGAUCCGAUCGAGAGACGGAAGGUGUGCAUCACAGAGCAAGUGAAGCACGUUUUAGACGCCCUUCAAAUCGCCGCUCUCAACGACCUUGAAGACGAUCGGCGCCGAACAGUGCUACUACUGCAAGAGCUCGAGAUGUUCGCCAUUGAAGUCGACCUGCACAUGAUCGCCUUUGAUGGCGGCGGUAUUUCGCACAGAGGCAAGGUCUUUAUCGCGUGCCCCGGGCUCGUCAGCUCCGACGUCGGCCUCGACGACGUGCAACGCUUCUUUCGCUUUUUUCAGCUGGGCAACGUCUCGGUGGACUCACGCCAUCGUCUCCGCCACGCCAAGUGCGCGCGAUACCAGUACAUCCAGGAGCGCAUCAAGCAUACGAGUACGGCCAUGUGCGAGUCGUGCGCCGACUUGAAGACAUCUCUCCAAGGCCUUGUGCUUGCAGGGGCUCAAACAAACGCCGCAGGGGCGACGCCGCAACACGAUGCUCCUGGAAACUACUACAACCUCACAGCGACGACGGGGCUCGGCGCCAAAGCUGCAGCAAGGAACAAGCGCGCCCGCGACGCCACACAAAAGACACAAGAACCGAAGCGAGCCAAAAGCUGAAGCUGCUGCCCAAGCUGGAUUUCUUUUGCAGCCUAGCGCGUCCUACUGAAGAAUAUGACGUUAUCUAUCUUCA